AUGCCGGGCCGCUUGAUCGAUAACUUGAUUCGGACUGCUGGGAGUCUACACUCCUCAGUAUCAUCUACUCCUAUCCACUCCAAUUCUUCCUCCACCGCCUCUGUCAAUGAGAUCCCACAUGUCAAGAAGCCGCAUUCGGAUCGCGCUCGAUCUCCCGAACGUCGCCUGUCUUUCUCAAUGGACCACCUCAUUCACCCACACCGAGACUCGAGCAAGGAAAAGCGCCGCAGCCUAGGACGCGCUGGACGAUCCAAGGAGCGCUCUAGUCAUGAGCACACCCCGCCAGCCGCAAAGCUGGAUGUCCUCAUUGAGUCGCCACCUCUCGUCUGUUAUGGUCCUCCUACCAACUCGACCGGCGCAUUGUUCUCUGGCCGCUUGCGCAUUGCAGUCCCCAAGAUGACCGCCGGAGUGACUCUCACCCAAUUCGAUGUUCGCCUCGUUUGCAACACUAUCACCAAGAAGCCUGUCUCCGGACACUGUGCCAACUGUAUCUCCAAGACCGAGGAGCUGAACAGCUGGAACUUCAUCACUGAGGAUCUCCACCUCGCUAGCGGAGACCACGACUUCCCUUUCAGUUACCUCUUCCCCGGACACCGUCCGGCCACCUGCAGUGGCUCCCUGGGCCAGAUUGAAUACUUCCUCAUGGCUCACGCCAAGAGCAUCACUGGAGAGGAAUACAGCCUCAAGCUGCCUCUCAAUGUCCGUCGUGCUCUGCUCCCGGGAAACGACAAGUCCUCCAUUCGCAUCUUCCCCCCUACCAACCUUACCGGCCGUAUCGUCCUUCCCUCCGUUGUUCACCCCAUCGGCAAGUUCCCUGUUGAGAUGACCCUCAGUGGCGUUGUCGACAAAGGUGACGAAACCCAGACCCGCUGGCGUCUUCGCAAGAUGAUGUGGCGCAUUGAAGAGCACCAGAAGAUUGUCUCCACCGCAUGCGCAAAGCACCUUCACAAGGUUGGCGGCGAGGGCAAGGGUGUCAUGCACCAGGAGACUCGCAUCAUUGGGCACAAUGAGGAGAAGAACGGCUGGAAGACCGACUUCGACACUGCCGGUGGCGAAAUUGGCAUGCAAUUUGAAGCCAGCAUCAACCCCACCACCAACCCUGUCUGCGAUAUGGAGGCCCCCGGCGGCCUCGAAGUCAAGCACAACCUUGUCAUCGAGCUGAUUGUUGCUGAGGAGUUCUGCCCCAACCGCAACACUCGUCUCAUUACUCCCACUGGCGCUGCCCGUGUUCUGCGCAUGCAGUUCAACCUUCACGUGACUGAGCGCAGUGGCCUCGGUAUCAGCUGGGAUGAGGAGAUGCCUCCUGUCUACGAGGACGUCCCCGCGAGCCCCCCUGGUUAUACCAAACCCGAUGACACCCACAGCUUCAUCGGGGACUACCACGGGUCCCCACUUCCUCUCCCGGAAUAUGAGGACCUUGAGCGUAUGGAAUCGUUGCGACUGGACAGUGACUCAACCCACUCCUCCAACCAAUCGACCCGCAGCUCAACAAACCGAAUGCGUUUCACAGUUGACGACCUCGUCACUGGAGAAUCACCCGCAGCCUCCCCUCUCCCCUCUCGCACACCUUCUCGAGCCCCUUCCAUUGACUCCCGUCAAUAA